CUCAGUAAGGCUAGUUAUUUGAAAUGGAAAGUGAAAUCAGCAGAUUAGACCCCGCAGCUCCUCACAGCGUUAACUGAGGGAGUUUUUACCACAAAAAUGGCAACAGACGGAGCAGAUAAUGGUCAGGUACAUGGAGGUGAUGAGGAGGUGAUAAGUUACUUCACGACUGGAGCCCCAAUCAUUUUUGAUUUUAUAGCAUUUCUUCAAGGUCUAAGUCCAAAGCUGAAGGAGGUGCCUACAGUGGAGAAGUGUGAUUUCAUUCUGUUUUUUUGUCAAAGUUUUUCUGAAACCAAAACUGACAUUGAAAGUGCUUUGCUAGAGCUUUCUAACACUGAACCCGCCAAGCCUGUUCUUCUAGUGGUGCUCCAUUACACAUCAGAUCCUGACAGCAGCAUAUCAGACAGCAGUGAAUAUGUAAGAGAGAACACACUCACAGUGGACUGUCUGAUCUAUGAAGAUGAGAAUCUACUGCAGUGCAGAAAGAAUGAUGAAGCACUGACCAAAGCUAAAGAAUGGAUCAUGUCUGAGACAGAAAAAAAGAAGCCUGAAAUUCAACCCUCCAGACUUGCUGUUCUUUUUGUGCUACAUUACACAUCAGACACAAACAUCAGAGUAUCAGACAACAGGAAAUCUGUAACCAGAGAAAAUAUACUUACAGUAGACUGUCUGAUCUCUGGGAAUGAAAGAUUGCUGAACUGCCCUCAAAAUGAUGAAGCAGUGUGCAAAGUUUUAGAGCUAAUUCCAGAGGUUGCGGAGGAAGCAUCAACUGAUUAUACACCACAGCUAGAAACUAAGCCUGUGAAAAUAUUUGCUGACUUUACUGAGAGAACACUGAGAUUUUUUGAGGAUUUUGUGAGAAUUCUCUGUAAAAAAAGACCCACUCUGCAGGAGGUUCCUACAGUGGACGAGUGUGAUGUUGUUCUGGUUUUCUGUCCUGUUGUUUCUCAAGCUGGAACUGAAAUUGAAGCAGCACUGCAUAAACUCAGUGAUAUGUCUGACAGCAUUGUAUCAGACCACAACAGAUGUGUAACCAGAAAGAAUACAAUCACGGUGGACUGUCUGUUUUAUGAGGACAAAACAUUACUAAAGUGCGCUCAAAAUGCUAACACUCAUCCUGAGGGCGGAAAAAAAAGACCAUUUCAGACACCUCCUGUAGAAACCAAGCCUCUAAAAAUUUUCUCUUGUGUUACUGGGAAAACACUGGGUUCCCAUGAGGAUUUUGUGAGAUCUCUCUGCAGACAAAGACCCACUCUGCAGGAGGUUCUCACAGUGGAGGAGUGUGAUGUUGUUCUGGUUUUCUGUCCUGUUGUUUCUCGAGCUGGAACUGACAUUGAAGCAGCACUGCAAAAACUCAGUGAUAUACCUGCCACUGAGCCUGCUGUUCUAGUGGUGCUCCAUCACACAUUCGAUCCAGAGUGCACUGUAUCAGACAGCAGCAGAGCUGUGGACAGACAGGACACACUCACAGUGGACUGUCUGUUCCAUGAGGAUAGAGGACUGCUGCAGUGCAGGAAGAAUGAUGAAGCUUUGUGUAAAGUGGCAGACUGGCUAAUUCCUGAGGGAGCAAAGCCACCAAAAUCCCCCGUCAAGGAAGCACAACGACAAGAAAGCCUGUCACCUCCUGUGGAAACCAAGCCUGUAAAAUUUUUCUCUUGGGUUAAUGGGAAAACACUGGGUUCCCAUGAGGAUUUUGUGAGAUCUCUCUGCAGACAAAGACCCACUCUGCAGGAGGUUCUUACAGUGGAGGACUGUGAUGUUGUUCUGGUUUUCUGUCCUGUUGUUUCUCGAGCUGGAACUGACGUUGAAGCAGCACUGCAAAAAAGUGAUAUAUCUGCCACUGAGCCUGCUGUUCUAGUGGUGCUCCAUCACACAUUUGAUCCAGACAGCACUGUACCAGACAGCAGCAGAGCUGUGACCAGAGAGAAAACACUCACAGUGGACUGUCUGUUCUAUGAGGAUAAAGGACUGCUGCAGUGCAGGAAGAAUGAUGAAGCUUUCAGAAGAGUUUCAAAGUGGAUUGACACUCAGGCAGGAAUAAAGACAAAUGUGGAAUUUUCAGCUAAUACAAUCCAGACCAAGUUUACAGACUUUGCACGACAGUUUGCUGAGACCAAAUCAAAAGGAAUUAAACAUUUUGACAACUUGAAGGCGAGAAUGCCUGAGAUGACUAGAACAGUCAUGAAGAAGAUACCAAAUCCUUUUUCUUUACCACAGAAGAACAAGGGAUCGAGCUCUAUAACGGGAGUAAGUCAAGAUCUGCCACAAGUCAAACUCCAUCUUGGAAAGCUUAAUUUUGUCACUUGUGUUACUGGGAAAACUCUGGGCUCUCAUGAGGAUUUUGUGAGAAUUCUCUGUAAACGAAGAGCAGAACUGCAGGAGGUUCAUACAGUGGAGGAGUGUGAUGUCAUUCUGGCUUUCUGUCCUGUUGUAACACUGGCUGGACUUGACACUGAAAGAGCACUGAGACAACUGAAUGAUAUGUCUGGUUCUAAGCCUGCUGUUCUGGUGGUGCUCCAUCACACAUUUGACCCAGAGCUCAUUGUUCCAGACAGCAGCAAAUCUAUAAACAGAGAGAAAACACUCGCAGUGGACUGUCUGUUCCAUGAGGAUAGAGGACUGCUGCAGUGCAGGAAGAAUGAUGAAGCUUUGUGUAAAGUGGCAGACUGGCUAAUUCCUGAGGGAGCAAAGCCACCAAAAUCCCCCGUCAAGGAAGCACAACGACAAGAAAGCCUGUCACCUCCUGUGGAAACCAAGCCUGUAAAAAUUUUCUCUUGGGUUACUGGGAAAACACUGGGCUGCCAUGAGGAUUUUGUGAGAUCUCUCUGCAGACAAAGACCCACUCUGCAGGAGGUUCCUACAGUGGAGGACUGUGAUGUUGUUCUGGUUUUCUGUCCUGUUGUUUCUCGAGCUGGAACUGACAUUGCAGGCACAUGUGAAAAACUCUAUGAUAUACGUGCCACCAAGCCUGCUGUUCUAGUGGUGCUCCAUCACACAUUAGAUCCAGAGUGCACUGUACCAGACAGCAGCAGAGCGGUAAACCGAGAGAAAACACUCACAGUGGACUGUCUGUUCUAUGAGGAUAAAGGACUGCUGCAGUGCAGGAAGAAUGAUGAAGCUUUCAGAAGAGUUUCAAAGUGGAUUGACACUCAGGCAGGAAUAAAGACAAAUGUGGAAUUUUCAGCUAAUACAAUCCAGACCAAGUUUACAGACUUUGCACGACAGUUUGCUGAGACCAAAUCAAAAGGAAUUAAACAUUUUGACAACUUGAAGGCGAGAAUGCCUGAGAUGACUAGAACAAAGAACAAGGGAUCGAGCUCUAUAACGGGAGUAAGUCAAGAUCUGCCACAAGUCAAACUCCAUCUUGGAAAGCUUAAUUUUUUCACUUGUGUUACUGGAAAAACUCUGGGCUUUCAUGAGGAUUUUGUGAGAAUUCUCUGCAAACGAAGAGCAGAACUGCAGGAGGUUCAUACAGUGGAGGAGUGUGAUGUCAUUCUGGCUUUCUGUCCUGUUCCAACACUGGCUGGACAUGACACUGAAAGAGCACUGCGACAAUUUAAUGAUAUGUCUGGUUCUAAGCCUGCUGUUCUGGUGGUGCUCAAUCACACAUUUGACCCAGAGCUCAUUGUUCCAGACACCAGCAGGUCAGUAAACAGAGAUGAAACACUCACAGUGGACUGUCUCUUCAAUGAGGAUAAAGGACUGCUGCAGUGCAGGAAGAAUGAUGAAGCUUUCAGCAAAGUUUCAGAGUGGAUUCAGUCUCAGAGGAACUGCGAAUCAAAACACAGAAAGAAAAUGGCUGAGGUAGUACGUCAAGGUUCUGGACAGAAGCAUAUAGACUUUCUCCAGAGGACAGUUAAAUACAUCUCUGUUAUCAAUGUAAACACACUGGAUUCUCACAAACGUUUUCUUGGACUACUCAGUAAACUAGUCCCAUCACUGCAGGAGGUGUCUUCAGUGGAAGAGUGUGAUGUCAUGUUUGUGUUCUAUCCUGUUGUUUCACGAGCUGAUAUUGAUAUUAAGCAUGCAGAAAAAACGCUUCGCGGUGUAACAGGUUCUAAACCUGCUGCUCUAGUGAUGCUUCAUCACACUUUAAACACAAAGUGCUUUGUUCAUGACAGCAGCGCUUCUGUAACCAGAGAGAAAACAAUUGCAGUGGACUGUCUAUUCCAUGAGGAUCAUCAUGGACUACUGAGGUGCCAGAAUAAUGAUAAAGCACUGGCGAAAGUUACCAGAUGGUUAACUGUGGCUGAGAACAAACCAGAAAGUUCUGGACAGAAGCAUCUCAACCAGAAGAUUAAAUACUCAUUUAUUAUAAGUGAAAACACAUUAGAUUCUCAUGUGCAGUUUCUGAGAAAAAUCCCAAACACAAAACUGCAGGAGGUCUCUAGAGUGGAGGAGUGUGAUGUUAUACUGGUGUUCUGCCCUGUUGUUUCACGAGUUCAAACUGACAUUGAAGGAGCCCUCCAAAGAAUUGAUGCCACCAAGCCUGCAGUUCUAGUGCUGCUCCAUCACACGUCUGACCCAGAGAGAACGUUACCAGACAGCAGCACAUUUGUAAACAGGGAGGAUACAAUCACAGUGGACUGUCUGUUCUUUGAAGACACAGGUCUACUAGAGUGUCAGAAGAAUUCUGAGGCUUUCAGAGAAGUUUCGACAUGGCUGAAAGCUAAGGUCAUAGAGUGAAAACCCCCAGGAGGAUAUGAGGUGCCUGAAAUAGCUGCAAGACCAUGAAGAACCUCAGAAGAUUGUUGUAUAGAUCUGCGGCCUUUAAGCUCAGUUUAUGAACAAAAAGCAAAUUUAUCUAUAAAUUUCAGUAAAUUUUGAGAUGCUGAGCUGAAACAAACAUUUUAUAAUAUUGUCAAGUGAGCUUUUCAGCAGCUAAAACAACAUUGUCACAGACAGUUUACCUCAGCUCAAGUUUUCUGUUCUUGCCAAGAGUGCUGUUCAUGCUGGAUUUGAUGCUGUUCAAAAGUCCAGACUUUAAAUCUUUCUUGAAAGGAAGGAUUUUGCAGUGCAGUGCCAAUAUAGCCAUGCCCCCACCAGCUGUAACAGUCUAAGUGAACUCUGGGAGAUGUUUAUUUUCUAUGUUUACUUAGAUGGCUGGUAAUGUAUAAAGGAUAUUUGACAGCAUGACUGAUCCCCUUUAAGUAAAUCAACAUUAAUAUUGUUUUUGAUAUGUUUUUUGCUUUGCUGCUCCCAGUGACCCUCAUGGCUGUGAUAGUUUCUAUGUUAGGAUGACCAAGGGCAAUGUUUGAAAAGUCAACGUGUUUGUAAAUAUGAUAAUAGACCCUAAUAAUUAACAUCUAAAUCAUUAUCUGAAAGUGUAAACAACUGUUAUUUGUUUCUUAAAUGUUAUGCAUGAAUUAAUAAAUGCUAUAAUUUGAA